GGCAUGCUAAACAGUAAACGCACAGGGAGGGAUGAUGAAGCUAAGAUGGCAGCACAACUGACGCUGCGGCUACCUAUCCGGGGUCAAGAAACAUUGAAACAACAGACAAAUACAAAGCCCUUUAAAACACAUUUUUGAACGCGAUUCUUUAGUUGUAUCUGAAGUGGAAAAUAAGUAUGGCUUGAUAUUCAAAAUUCUCGGGAUCUAAAGGACUGUUUUCACAUUCGAGGAUCGGAAGCCUAGCUGUCUUCACGCAGUUUCACCACAUCGGCUUUUAUGCCGUUUUAAAUUGGAGAGAAGACUGGACACAAUCUUCUUAGCUGUCUUUAAUUCUUAUCGGAAUGACCAAAUAACAUGAUAUUUAGGAUUUUUUUCCACUGACAGUCAGCUAGUUAGUUUGCUAGCUAUUGUAUUUUUGAUGUAUAUGCAUUGUUCUCCAAAACGAUGAUGUGUGCUGCUGCGGCAGCGGCAGCCGGUGGAGGGAUUCUGCCCUCCUCAUCAUCGCAGUCGAUGGGGCUGGGUGUCAGGGUGAUUUCUGGAGCCGAUUUCUCCACUAUUGGUUCGGGUAUGGGGUCGUGUCCAAUCCCCGGGGCUCAGUCGGAUUGCCGGAGUCGGUACCAGCUUUUACUCUCAGGACGAGCUUUGGCGGAAAGAUAUAGGAGGAUUUACACCACAGCUAUCAAUGACAAAGAGCAAGGAAUAAACCAAGGAAGGGGCAAGAAAGUUUUGAGUAAGAAGAAACUAAAGAGGCGACAAAAAGUGAAAUCAAAAGUCAAGUCAAGAACAAAGACCGAGAGUCUCGAUGGGGCCUUCUGUGUGCCGGACAUCAAGUUGCACAGCAACCCAUCGGCAUUCAAUGUGUACUGCAACGUGCGUCACUGUGUGCUGGACUGGCAGCAGCGGGAGGCGUCUCUGGCCCUGGCGUCCCGGAGCUCCGUCCAGAGCGGAGAUUCGGACAGCGAAGAGGAGGAGGAGUACCGCGAGGCCACCGUCAAGCUGCCUAAGAUCAUCGGCAUCGGGCUGUGUGGCGUCUUCGAGCUGAUCAAGGAGACUCGUUUCUCCCACCCCUCGCUGUGCCUGCGCAGCUUGCAGGCCCUGCUGGACAUGCUGCAGGGCCAACAGCCUGAGGGCUUCCAGACAGAGCCCCCCGACGUACUGGAGUCUCUGUUCCAGCUGCUGCUGGAGAGCACAGUGCGCAGCACGGGCCCUAACGACCCCACGGGCCAGACCCUGACUGCCCUGGCCUGCGCCUGCCUCUUCAGCCUGGUGGUGUCCUGGGGAGACACAGGCAAAACGCUGCAGGCCGUCUCGGCCAUCCUCACCAACAACGGCAGCCACGCCUGCCAGACCAUCCAGGUGCCCACCAUCCUCAACGCCCUCCAGAGAAGUGUGCAGGCAGUGCUGGUGGGGAAGGUCCAGAUCCAGGACUGGUUCGGGAACGGCAUCAAGCGGGCGGCGCUGAUGAACAAGUGGGUCUUGAAGGAGGUGUCCAUGGAGGAGGACGAGCGCUGCCUGCUGCAGACGGACGGCUCCUUCCUCUACGUGCUCUGCAAGGACGGCCUCUACAAAGUGGGGUCCGGAUACAGCGGCACCGUUAGGGGCCAUGUGUAUAAUUCCACGUCGCGCAUCAGAAAUCGGAAGGAGAAGAGAUCCUGGUUGGGCUUCGCUCAGGGCUUCCUAUUGUACAGAGACAUGAGCAACCACAGUACGACAGCCCUCAAGAUCAACCCAGAAACCCUGGAACACGAGGGGACCAUUACAAUGCCAGGUCAGCAGACUGACGUUCAGAACAUCGUCUUCACCGACGGAGAGUACAUCAACCAGAUUGCUGCCUGCAAAGAUGAUGGCUUUGUCGUGCGCAUCUAUGCUACCAGCAGUGACCCGGCGCUGCAGCAGGAACUGCAGCUCAAGCUGGCCAGGAAGUGUCUACACGCCUGCGGCAUCUCACUCUUCGACCUGGAGAAGGACCUGCACAUCAUCAGCACAGGGUUUGAUGAAGAGGCUGCGUUACUGGGAGCAGGCAGGGAGUUUGCUCUGAUGAAGACGGCCUCAGGAAAGAUCUACUACACUGGGAAGUACCAAAGUCUUGGAAUCAAGCAGGGCGGACCCUCGGCAGGAAAGUGGGUGGAGCUGCCGGUCACCAAGUCCCCCAAGAUGGUCCAGUUCUCCGUGGGCCAUGACGGCUCGCACGCUCUCCUGGUGGCCGAAGAUGGCAGCGUGUUUUUCACGGGCUCUGCCAGCAAGGGCGAGGACGGCGAGUCCACCAAAAGUCGCAGACAGCCAAAGCCGUACAAGCCGAAGAAGAUGCUGAAGCUGGAGAGCAAGACUGCCGUCCACACCGCCUGCAACAACGGCAGCAGCAGCAUCGUCACCAAGGACGGCGAGCUGUACAUGUUCGGCAAAGACGCUAUUUACAGCGAUAGCACCUGUCAGGUGACCGACUUAAAGGGUCACUUUGUGACCCAAGUUGCUAUGGGGAAGGCCCACACAUGUGUGCUGACCAAAACCGGUGAGGUGUGGACAUUUGGGGUCAACAACAAGGGCCAGUGCGGCCGAGACACUGGGGCCAUGAGCCAGGCGGGGAAAGCAUUUGGUGCGGAGAGCAUGGCGACGGCCAUGGACGAGGACCUGGAGGACGACCUGGAGGAGAAGGAGGAGAAGAGCAUGAUGUGCCAGCCCGGCAUGCACAAGUGGAAGCUGGACCAGUGCAUGGUGUGCACCGUCUGCGGGGACUGUACCGGCUACGGAGCCAGCUGUGUGAGCAGCGGACGGCCCGACAGGGUGCCGGGAGGGAUCUGUGGCUGUGGCUCUGGCGAGUCGGGCUGCUCUGCGUGCGGCUGCUGCAAGGCGUGCGCCCGGGAGCUGGACGGCCAGGAGGCCCGUCAGAGAGGCAUCUUUGACGCCGUCAAGGAGAUGAUCCCGCUGGACCUGCUGUUAGCUGUGCCUGUCCCUCCCCCUCCAGGAGUGAACAUUGAGGAGCACAUCCAGAUCCGCCAGGAGGAGAAACGGCAGAGGAUCAACCGCCGCCACCGGCUGGAGGAGGGACGAGGCCCCCUUGUUUUUCCCGGUCCCAUAUUUAUGAGCCAGAGAGAGCAGGCCCUAGCCAGAGUAAGACCCCUUCAGGCCCUCAGACAUAAACGGGACAAGCACAAAGAUGGCAGUAGCGAGCGAGGGGAAAAGGAUGCCAGUAAGAUCACCACCUACCCUCCAGGGGCGGUGCGCUUCGACUGCGAGAUGCGAGCCGCGCAGGUCAGCUGCGGCUUCCAUCACUCCGUGGUUCUCAUGGAGAACGGCGAUGUUUACACUUUUGGCUACGGCCAGCAUGGCCAACUUGGACACGGAGACGUCAACUCAAGGGGCUCCCCCACACUCGUGCAGGCUCUGCCAUGUCCCAGUGUCCAGGUGACAGCGGGCAGCAACCACACGGCCGUGCUGCUGGUGGACGGACAGGUCUUCACCUUCGGAAGCUUCUCGAAAGGGCAGCUGGGUCGGCCAAUCCUUGACAUGCCCUACUGGAAUGCAAAGCCUUCCCCCAUGCCCAACAUCGGCGCCAAAUACGGACGCAAGGCCACCUGGAUCGGCGCCAGUGGCGACCAGACCUUCCUGCGCAUCGACGAGGCGCUCAUCAACUCCCACGUCCUCGCCACCUCCGAGAUCUUCGCCAGCAAGCACAUCAUCGGCCUGGUCCCCAGCUCCGUGUCGGAGCCCCCUCCCUUCAAAUGUCUGCUCAUCAACAAGUUGGACGGCAGCUGCCGCACCUUCAACGACUCGGAACAGGAAGACCUGCAGGGCUUCGGCCUCUGCCUGGACCCUGUCUACGACGUCAUCUGGAGGUUCCUGCCAGCCUCCAGGGAGAUGUGGUGCUACAAUGCCGUGGUAGCGGACGCCCGCGUGCCCUCGGCCUCUGACCUCCAGGCCCGCUGCUCCAUCCUGAGCCCAGAGCUGGCGCUGCCCUCGGGCUCCCAUGCCAACACCACACGCUCCCACGGGGCGCUACACAUCCUGGGUUGCCUGGACACGCUGGCGGCCAUGCAGGAGCUGAAGAUGGGUGUGGCCAGUACGGAGGAGGAGACCCAAGCCGUGAUGAAGGUCUACUCUAAAGAGGACUACAGCGUUGUCAACCGCUUUGAGAGUCACGGUGGCGGCUGGGGUUACUCCGCCCACUCGGUGGAGGCCAUUCGGUUCUGUGCCGACGCUGACAUCCUCCUAGGGGGCCUGGGCCUGUUUGGGGGGCGCGGGGAGUACACCGCCAAGAUCAAGCUGUUUGAGCUAGGUCCUGACGGGGGCGACCAUGAGACAGAUGGAGACCUGCUGGCUGAGACUGAUGUGUUGGCCUACGACUGUGCUGCCAGGGAGAAGUAUGCCAUGAUGUUUGACGAGCCGGUGCUGCUGCAGCUGGGCUGGUGGUAUGUGGCCUGGGCCAGGGUGUCGGGGCCCAGCUCUGACUGUGGCUCCCACGGCCAGGCCACCAUCACCACCGACGACAGUGUGGUGUUUCAGUUCAAGAGCUCCAAGAAGUCCAACAACGGCACCGAUGUCAACGCUGGUCAGAUCCCCCAGCUCUUAUACAGGCUUCCGUCUAACGACGGCAACGCGGCCAAGGGCAAGCAGCAGACCAGCGAGCCGGUCCACAUCCUUAAACGCUCCUUCGCGCGCACCGUCUCCGUGGAGUGUUUUGAGUCUCUGCUGAGUAUCCUGCACUGGAGCUGGACCACGCUGGUUCUGGGGGUGGAGGAGCUGAGGGGCCUAAAGGGGUUCCAGUUCACCGCCACCCUGCUGGACCUGGAGAGGCUGCGCUUCGUAGGGACCUGCUGUCUGAGGCUGCUGCGGGUCUACAUCUGUGAAAUCUUCCCCAUCUCCGCCAGCACCAAGGCGGUGGUGGAGGAGUCCAGCAAGCUGGCGGAGUGUGUGGGCAAGACCCGCAGCCUGCUGAAGAAGGUCCUGUCGGAGGGCAUGGACAACUGUGCCACUCGGCUGGACAACGACCCCCAGGGCUACCUGUCCCAGCCCCUCACCCUGCUGGAGGCUGUGCUGCAGGAGUGCCACAACACCUUCACCGCCUGCUUCCACUCCUUCUACCCCACACCGGCCCUGCAGUGGGCCUGCCUCUGCGACCUGCUCAACUGCCUGGACCAGGACAUAGCGGAGGCCAACUUCCGCACGUCCAGCAGCCGUCUGCUGGCGGCCGUCAUGUCGGCGCUGUGCAACACCUCAGUCAAGCUCACCUCCAUCCUGCCCAUCGCCUACGACGGCGAGGUGUUGCUGCGCUCGCUGGUCAAACAGGUCAGCACCGAGAACGACUCUGCCCUCGCUCACCGCUUCCCCCUGCUGGUGGCUCACAUGGAGAAGCUCAGCCAUACUGAGGAGAACCUUAUGGGGAUGACCAGUUUCCGGGAGGUUCUGGAGAAGAUGUUGGUGAUCGUGGUUCUGCCGGUGAGGAAGAGUCUGAGGAAGGAAGUGGAGCUCUUCUCUCCCCACCUGGUGUCCAACACCUGCGGCCUACUGGCCUCCAUCGUGUCCGAGCUCACUGCCUCCGCACUGGGCUCUGAGGUGGAUGGUCUGAACUCACUCCACUCGGUCAAGUCCACCCCCAACCGCUUCACCAAAACAAGCCAGGGGCGGAGCUGGAACACGGGCAACGGCUCGCCGGACGCCAUCUGCAUGACGGUGGACAAGCCCGGCGUGGUGCUGGUGGGCUUCUGCGUCUACGGGGGCGGGGGCAUCCACGAGUACGAGCUGGAGGUGCUCGCCGAUGACGCGCAGACAGAGCACCCAGGGGACUCGACCCACUCCCACAGGUGGACCUCUCUGGAGCUGGUGAAGGGCACCUACAGCACAGACGAUUCCCCCAGCGACAUCGCCGAGAUCCGCCUGGACAAGGCUGUGCCUCUCAAGGAGGGCGUGAAGUAUGCCGUCCGUCUGCGUAACUACGGCAGCCGCACAGCCAAUGGGGACGGAGGGAUUAGCACGGUGCUGUGUUCCGACGGGGUGUCCAUCACCUUCAGCACCUGCAGCCUGAGCAGCAACGGAACCAACCAGACCAGGGGACAGAUACCACAGAUACUCUACUAUAGGAGUGAGUACGAUGGGGAUCUCCAGUCCCAACUGCUCAGCAAGGCUAACGAGGAAGACAAGAACUGCAGCCGCUCCUUGUCAGUGGUCAGUGCCGUCGUCAGGGCAGCCAAGGACCUCCUGCACCGCGCCUUCGCUGUGGACGCCGAGGACAUCCCAGAGUUGCUUAGCUCCUCCAGCCUGUUCUCCAUGCUACUGCCCCUGAUCCUGGCCUACAUCGGCCCCGUGGCUGCCUCAGUCCCCAAGGCUGCAGUGGAAGUGUUUGGUUUGGUCCAGGAGUUGCUUCCGGCUGUCUCCGCCCUCAACCAGAAAUAUGCCCCGCCCGCUUUCAACCCCAACCAAUCUACGGACAGCACCACCGGCAACCAGCCAGAGCAGGGCCUAUCCGCUUGCACUACCUCCAGCCACUAUUCCUUGAUAGAGAGCGACCACCCAUACAAGCAGGCUGGAGUCACUCAGUACAGGGUGUGCUUCCCAGACUGCGUGCGCUGGACCACCAUCGAGUUCGACGCCCAGUGCGGCACCGCCCAGCCCGAGGAUGUCCUCCGCCUCCUCAUCCCCAGUCGCUCGCUGCAACUGUCCAGCCUGAGUUCCAAGCCCCUGGUCCACGACACCAUCAACACCUGGACCGAGCUCAAGAAGUUCUCUGGGGCGACCGGCUGGCCUACCAGCGUCCUGGUACUGCCUGGCAACGAGGCUCUGUUCUCCUUGGAAACCGCCUCUGAUUACGUGAAAGACGAAAAAGCCUGUUUCUACGGCUUUAAGUGCGUCGCCGUGGGAUACGAGUUCAAUCCAGGACAAGAUGAGGGUAUAAUUCAGCUGGAGAAGGAGCUGGCCUACCUGGGCAGUGUGUGUGCUGCUGCUCUAAUGAAGAAAGACCUGGCUCUGCCCAUAGGAAAUGAACUGGAGGAGGACCUUGAGAUCCUGGAGGAGGCUUCCCUGCAGGUGUGCAAGUCCCACUCGGGGAUUCUUGGGAAGGGUCUGGCCCUGUCCCAUUCCCCCACCAUCCUAGAGGCCCUGGAGGGGAAUCUGCCCCUGCACCUGCAGACUAACGAGCACUCCUUCCUCGAGGACUUCAUCACCUGUGUUCAGAACUCCAGCGGGGGGCGCCUCGCCAGGUGGCUCCAGCCAGACUCGUACGCCGACCCCCAGAAAACGUCGUUGAUACUGAACAAGGAUGACAUCCGCUGUGGCUGGCCCGCCACUGUGGCUGUCCAGACCAAGGACCAGUACGGAGAUGUGGUCCACGUACCCAACAUGAAGGUGGAGGUGAAGGCGGUGCCAGUGUCCCAGAAGAAGUCCCUGCAGCAGGACAACAUGAGGAAGCUGCAGCGGUUCCCAGGAGGCCCCUCCUCUUCCUCCACCUCCUCUUCCUCAGGAACGGACUUGACGUUUGGUGGCCUGCCCAUGCCCAAGCUAGAGGCCACCUAUGAGCCCAUGAUCGUCAAGGAGGCCCGCUACAUUGCCAUUACCAUGAUGAAGGCCUAUGAAAACUACUCCUUUGAGGAGCUCCGCUUUGCUUCUCCCACACCAAAGAGGCCCAGUGAGAACAUGCUGAUCCGGGCUAACACAGAUGGGACUUACAGUGCCAACUGGACCCCUGGGGCCGUGGGCCUCUACACUAUCCACGUCACCAUAGACGGCAUUGAGAUAGAUGCUGGUCUGGAAGUUGAGGUGAAAGACCCUCCCAAAGGCAUGAUACCCCCUGGGACUCAGAUGGUCAAACCUAAGGCAGAACCCCAACCAAACAAGGUACGCAAAUUUGUGUCCAAGGACAGCGCAGGUCUGCGAGUGCGUACGCACCCCUCCCUGCAGAGCGAACAGAUAGGCAUAGUGCAAGUCAAUGGCACCAUCAUUUUCAUUGAUGAGAUCCACAAUGAUGAUGGUGUGUGGCUCAGGCUGAAUGAUGAGACUGUUAAGAAGUACGUGCCCAGCAUGAACGGGUACACUGAAGCCUGGUGCCUGUCUUUUAACCAGCACCUGGGCCGGAGCCUGCUUGUCCCAGCCGACAGUGUCUUUAACGCUAGCCAAGGAGUCAGGGACAUGGGCUUUUUAUCGUGGACCCCCUUAUCUAUAUUCCCAACACAGGAGGCCAGGGGCCAAUCGGAAGUGAGCGCUAAGGAGGUGAGCAGCGGCCUCUCCCACGAGUCUCCUGUGCGGGAGCAGAGCAGGGCGAGGCAGGGUGGGGGCCCUGGCCUUUAUAAGGUAGUGAAGACCGGCCCGUCAGGCCACAACAUCAGAAGCUGCCCAAACCUUAGGGGUAUCCCCAUUGGAAUGUUAGUACUUGGCAACAAGGUCAAGGCCAUAGGCGAGGUGGUGAAUUCUGAGGGCACCUGGGUCCAGCUGGACAAGAACAGUGUAGUUGAGUUCUGUGAGAGUGAUGAAGGGGAGGCCUGGUCUCUGGCCCGAGACCGAGGAGGGAAUCAGUACCUGCGCCAUGACGACGAACAAGCCCUGCUGGAUCCAGGGUCUCAGACCCCCCCUCCCAGCCCUUUCUCUGUGCAGGCCUUUAACAGGGCCACGGGGGCCAAUGGGGCCCAGGGCUUUGACUAUGGCCUCUCUAACAACAAAGGUGACCGGUUGAGCGCCAUACUGAAUACCAUUCAGCCCGGGCCCUUCCUCCCGGCUGUUCCCUCCUCCUCCUCCUCUUCCUCCUCCUCCUCCGUACAUGAGCAAGCCACCCAACCUCCCUCCUCCUCCUCCUCCUCCUCCUCCUCCUCCUCCCUUGUCCACAGCCCAUUUGUGUUUGGGCAGUCCCCCUCCCAACUGUGUCAGCCGCAACCACAGCUUCCGAACGCUUCACCACGCAGCCUCGCUUCUCGUGAGCGCGUGCUCAAAGGCGGUGCGCCCGCCACGGCCGGCCACAGCUUGGCUCUCUCGUCUCUGGCCGUCAGGCACAAGGGCGACAGAGGGAACCUGGUGUCAGGGGCGUACCCCAUGUCCCCUGCCUCCAAACACCGCCAGGAGAGCCACUCCCCGAAGCAGGAGGGCCGCGGCGGGCGCUCCUCGGACCAGACCCGGAGCAAGACCAGCGACGGGGGCCGCUCGGCCAGCGAAGCCCUGAUCCUGAGGUCCGACACGGCCAAGCUGAGGUCGGACUCCCACAGCCGCUCCCACUCCCCCAACCACAACACCCUUCAGGCCCUGAAAGCCGACAGCCACGGACGGACUUCCGGCCUCCGUGCCGAGUCCCCCAACCCUGGUUCCCGCUCCACGUCUCCCAAGCAGAAGGGUCUGUCCUCCUCGCCAGGAAGAUCCAGCCCCUCCAGCACCUCCCAGAAUUCGUCCACGGCGCACGCAGACAAGAACCUCCCCCCUAAGGUCAGCCCGUCUUCCAAGGCCCGGCUGGACCCGCCAAGGGAGAGGUCCAAGUCGGAUUCGUACACCCUGGAUCCAGACACCUUGAGAAAGAAGAAGGUUCCGCUCACCGAGCCCCUUAGGGGCAGGUCCACCUCCCCCAAGCCCAAGCUUUCCCCUAAAGACGUCUCCCCUAGAGGGGAGAGCAGCAACACGGAGAUCAGCAACACGGAGAGCAGCAACGCGGAGAACCGCGCCCCGUCUCCCCACGUGACCCAGGAGGAUCUCCAUAGCGAAGUGGUGGAGGUGUGCUCGUCCUCCGCGCUCCUCUCCAACGACGAGAGCAACGAGGAGAACCUGGAGGGGCGCAGCGCCGACGAGGGCUCCUCGAAGGUCCACUUCAGCAUCGGGAAGGCCCCCGUCAAGGAGGAGCAGGAGAGUCGCUCCUCCCCUAAGGUCAGCCGCAAGACCUCUAGCCGCCACGUCCGGCCCAAGAAGGACAAGUCGGGUCCCCUGUUCAAAGGUGAGAGCUCCACACGCCUGGUGGAGCCGGCCAAGCAGGCCAUGUCGCCCUCGGUGGCGGAGUGCGCCCGGGCCGUUUUCGCCGCGUUCCUGUGGCACGAGGGCAUCGUGCACGACGCCAUGGCCUGCUCCUCCUUCCUGAAGUUCAACCCGGAGCUGACCAAGGAGCACGCGCCCAUCCGGAGCUCGCUGGGGGGCCAGGGCGCAGAGGAGAAGGAGAACAAGCUGAAGAACAGGCACUCCCUGGAGAUCUCCUCCGCCCUCAACAUGUUCAACAUCGCCCCCCACGGGCCCGACAUCUCCAAGAUGGGCAGCAUCAACAAGAACAAGGUCCUUUCCAUGCUGAAGGAGCCGCCGUUGCCCGAGAAGUGCGAGGACGGCAAAGGCGAGGCCGCGCCCUACGAGAUGACCUCCCACCCCACCAUGCGGGCCAAGUCCAUCCUCCCGCUCACCCUCCAGCACCUGGUGGCCUUCUGGGAAGACAUCUCCAUGGCCACCAUCAAAGCCGCCACCCAGAACAUGAUCUUCCCCAGCCCGGGCUCCAGCGCCAUCUUGAAAAAGAAGGAGCACGAAAAGGACGGCAAGAAGUCGAAGAAGGAGAAGAAGAAGCGGGAGAAGGCGGAGGUGCGUCCCCGCGGGAACCUGUUUGGGGAGAUGGCUCAGCUGGCUAUGGGCGGGCCUGAGAAGGACACCAUAUGCGAGCUCUGUGGGGAGUCUCACCCUUACCCCGUCACCUACCACAUGAGACAAGCUCACCCAGGCUGUGGGCGCUAUGCCGGGGGCCAGGGUUACAACAGUAUCGGCCACUUCUGUGGAGGUUGGGCGGGGAACUGUGGAGAUGGGGGCAUCGGAGGCAGCACCUGGUACCUGGUGUGUGACCGCUGCAGGGAGAAGUACCUGAGGGAGAAGCAGACAGCUGCCAGAGAGAAGGUGAAGCAGUCGAGGAGGAAGCCCCUGCAGGUGAAGACCCCGCGGGCUCUGCCCACCAUGGAGGCCCACCAGGUCAUCCGGGCCAACGCCCUGUUCCUGCUGUCCCUGAGCAGCGCGGCCCAGCCCAGCCUGCUGUGCCACCACCCGACCAGGCCCCUGCACUCUCAGCUGCCCUGCCUCAAGGAGGGCGUCUCCGACGAGCUGCCCAACAAGAUUGGCUGCCUCUACCUCCAGACGCUGGCCAGGCAACACACGGAGAACUUCGGGAGCUACCAGGACGAUAAUCUGUUCCAGGACGAGAUGAGGUACCUGCGCUCCACCUCCGUCCCCGCCCCCUACAUCUCUGUCACGCCGGACGCCUGCCCCAACGUGUUUGAGGAGCCAGAGAGCAACAUGAAAUCCAUGCCCCCCAGUCUGGAGACCAGUCCCAUCACAGACAGCGACACGGCCAAGCGUACCGUGUUCCAGAGGUCGUACUCUGUGGUGGCCUCAGAGUACGACAAGCAGCACUCGGCCUCCCCGGCCAGGGUGAAGGCCGUGCCCCGGCGCAGAGUCCACAGUGGGGACGCAGAAGUGGGCUCCUCUCUGCUGCGUCACCCGUCCCCCGAGCUGUCCCGUCUCAUCUCGGCCCACGGCUCGCUCAGCAAGGGGGAGAGGAACUUCCAGUGGCCCGUCCUCGCCUUCGUCAUCCAGCACCACGACCUGGAGGGCCUGGAAGUGGCCAUGAGGCAUGCCCUCAGGAAAUCAGCUUGCCGGGUAUUUGCCAUGGAGGCGUUCAACUGGCUUCUGUGCAACGUGAUCCAGACAACCUCCCUACACGACAUCCUGUGGCACUUUGUGGCUUCGCUCACACCCUCGCCCUUUGAGCCGGAGGAAGAGGAGGAGGAGGAGAACAAAGGGAAUAAGGAGAAUGUGGAACAGGAGAGAGACCUGGGUGUGUGCGAGCACCCUUUGUCAGAUAUCGUGAUCGCUGGGGAGGCCGCCCACCCCCUCCCCCACACCUUCCACCGCCUCCUCCAGACCAUCUCUGACCUCAUGAUGUCACUUCCUAGCGGCAGCUCCCUGCAGCAGAUGGCCCUCAGGUGCUGGAGUCUGAAAUUUAAGCAGUCAGACCACCAGUUCCUGCACCAGAGCAACGUGUUCCACCACAUCAACAACAUCCUGUCCAAAUCGGACGACGGAGACAGUGAGGAGAGCUUCAACAUCAGCGUGCAGUCAGGUUACGAGGCCAUGAGUCAGGAGCUGUGCCUGGUAACCUGUCUGAAGGACCUGACCAGCGUGGCGGACAUCAAGACGUCUAGCCGUCCAGCCAUGAUCGGCAGCCUGACAGACGGCUCCACCGAGACCUUCUGGGAGUCCGGAGACGAGGACAAGAACAAGACCAAGAGCAUCACCAUCAGCUGCGUGAAAGGCAUCAAUGCCUCCUACGUGUCUGUCCACGUGGACAACUCCAGAGACAUCGGGAACAAAGUGACGUCCAUGACGUUCCUUUGUGGCAAAGCCGUGGAGGACCUCUGCAGAAUCAAACAGGUGGACCUCGACUCGCGUCACAUGGGCUGGGUGACCAGCGAGCUUCCGGGCGGGGACCAUCAUGUGAUCAAGGUGGAGCUGAAAGGCCCGGAGAACACCCUGCGUGUGCGCCAGGUGAAGCUCCUGGGCUGGAAGGAGGGCGAGAGCAUAAAGAUCGCCGGCCAGAUCUCCGCCAGCAUGGCCCAGCAGAAGAACUGCGAGGCCGAGACGCUCAGAGUGUUCCGCCUCAUCACCUCACAGGUGUUUGGGAAGCUGAUCUGUGGAGACGCUGAGCCCACGCCAGAACAGGAGGAGAAGAACCUGCUCUCUUCCCCAGAGGGAGAGGACAAGGCGCCGUCGGACGCAGACUUGAAGGAACACAUGGUGGGGAUCAUCUUCAGCCGGAGCAAGCUCACCAACCUGCAGAAACAGGUGUGUGCACACAUCGUCCAGGCCAUCCGCAUGGAGGCCACGCGUGUCCGGGAGGAGUGGGAGCAUGCCAUCUCCAGCAAGGAGAACGCCAACUCCCAGCCCAGCGACGACGACGCCUCCUCGGACGCCUACUGCUUCGAGCUGCUGUCCAUGGUCCUGGCGCUGAGCGGCUCCAACGUGGGCCGCCAGUACCUGGCCCAACAGCUCACCCUGAUGCAGGAUCUGUUCUCCUUGCUGCACACGGCCUCGCCACGUGUACAGAGACAGGUGACGUCUCUCCUCAGGCGCGUCCUCCCGGAGGUCACCCCUGUGCGCUUGGCCAGCAUCAUCGGCGUGAAGGCCCUGCCGCCGGCCGACAUCAGCGACAUCAUCCACUCCACGGAGAAGGGAGACUGGAACAAGCUGUGCAUCCUGGACAUGUUCCUGGGCUGCAUCGCCAAGGCGCUCACCGUGCAGCUGAAGGCCAAGGGCACCACCAUCGCAGGCACGGCAGGCAUGGCAGCAGGCAAGGGGGUCACCACCGUUACCCUGCCCAUGAUCUUUAACUCCAGCUACAUCCGGAGAGGGGAGAGCCAUUGGUGGAUGAAAGGCUCCACCCCUCCUCAGAUCGCUGAGAUCAUCAUCAAGCUGGUCAAGGACAUGGCUGCUGGCCAUCUGUCUGACGCAUGGUCGAGAGUGACGAAGAACGCCAUCGCAGAGACCAUCAUUGCCCUGACCAAGAUGGAGGAGGAGCAUCGCUCCCCCGUUCGCUGCAUCGCCACCACGAGGCUGUGGCUUGCCCUGGCCUCCCUGUGUGUCCUGGACCAGGACCACGUAGACAGGCUGUCCUCUGGACGCUGGAUGGGCAAAGACGGACAACAGAAACAGAUGCCCAUGUGCGAUAACCACGACGACGGCGAGACGGCCGCCAUCAUCCUGUGUAACAUGUGCGGGAACCUGUGUACCGACUGCGACCGUUUCCUCCAUCUGCACCGACGCACGCGUUCUCACCAAAGACAGGUCUUCAAAGAGGAAGAGGAGGCCAUCAAGGUUGACCUCCACGAGGGCUGCGGCAGGACCAAGUUGUUCUGGCUCAUGGCUCUGGCUGACUCAAAGACCAUGAAGGCCAUGGUGGAGUUCAGAGAGCACACGGGUAAACCAGCCUCCAGUAGCUCUGAUGCCUGCAGGUUCUGCGGCACCAGGAACGGAACCGAGCUCUCUGCUGUGGGCAGUGUCUGCUCAGACCCAGACUGCCAGGAGUAUUCCAAGAUGGCGUGCUGCAAGACGCACCCGUGUGGCCACCCGUGUGGCGGGGUGAAGAACGAGGAGUCGUGUCUCCCGUGUCUACACGGCUGUGACAAGAGCAUGGGCUGUCUCAAGCAGGACGCGGACGACAUGUGUAUGAUCUGCUUCACCGAGGCGGUCUCUGCUGCUCCCGCUGUCCAGCUGGACUGCGGCCAUGUGUUCCACCUCCAGUGUACCCGCCGGGUUCUGGAGAGCCGCUGGCUCGGGCCCAGGAUCACCUUUGGCUUCAUGUCCUGUCCCAUCUGCAAGAACAAGAUCAACCAUGCUGUGAUCAAAGACCUGCUAGACCCCAUCAAGGAGCUUUUUGAGGACGUGAGGAGGAAGGCCCUGAUGAGGCUGGAGUACGAGGGGCUCCACAAGAGCGAAGCCAUCACCACUCCCGGAGCGCGCUUCCACAACGACCCUGCAGGCUUCGCCAUCAACAGAUAUGCCUACUACGUCUGCUUCAAGUGCAAGAAGGCUUAUUUCGGUGGCGAGGCCCGCUGUGAUGCCGAAGCAGGGCAAGGAGAUGACUACGACCCCAGCGAACUCAUUUGUGGCGCGUGCUCGGAUGUGUCCAGGGCUCAGAUGUGCUCCAAGCACGGGACAGACUUUCUGGAAUACAAGUGUCGCUACUGCUGCUCAGUGGCUGUCUUCUUCUGCUUCGGCACCACCCACUUCUGUAACGCCUGUCACGAUGACUUCCAGAGGAUGACCAGUGUGCCCAAAGAGGAGCUGCCUCACUGUCCUGCAGGUCCCAAAGGCAAGCAGUUAGAGGGCACAGAGUGUCCCUUGCACGUGGUGCAUCCACCCACCGGUGAGGAGUUUGCCUUGGGCUGUGGCGUGUGCCGGAAUGCCCAUACCUUCUAAACUACCAGGGACCGGGACCGGUACCAGAACACCAGCCUACUGUGACCGCAGGCUGAUUGCUGAUCGUUGAAAGCUUAGUCUUCAGCCUUCUCAGUUCUCGUUGUGUUGUCAGAUUGCCCUUGGACCAGGCUUCAUAGCAAAGUACCCCUGCUCUGCUAUACCGAGGAUGCCCUGUCUGCCACAGAUAUACUAAAGAGCCUAAGGCUUUAGUGGACUCAAAGCAAAGUCCUCCUCGACGAAAAAAGAAAACGAUUUAAAAAGAAUUUUAACUUGUGACGUGUUUGCAUGCGGCCGUUGUAUCUUCUCGGCUUCCAUAGACACACCUGAUCACUGAAGUGUAACAAUGUAUUGAAGAUAAAAAAAAAAUAUUGAAUAUGAAAUGAAUUUGCUUAAAGGCAACUGUGGAUGACCUUGGAUAUAAUAGAAAAAAAAAUGACAGGCCGUAUUUCCAGCUUCCUAACUAUGAAUUCAAAAAUAUUGUUGUACGUAAAAUGACUUUUUUUCGUAAUCCUGUACAGUAUUCUCAACUGUCAAGUGCAUCAUGGGUUGACGGACAAAAAUAGAGAUAAGAAUGUCAUGUUGGGAGGAAAAUAGUGUACGAUUUAUCUAAUCUUGUAUAUAAUGAUAGUAUCCAAAAUAGCUGUAUUCCGAAGUUGCUACUCAACACUUCAGUCUCGUUUGAUAUUCUGGGUUAUGUUUUGAGCCAGAACUUUUAAUGAAGUGCAAUACUGGGUGUGCCUCCUAUUUUGCAGCUGUUUAACCUAUGGAAUGUAUGUCAAUAAAAGCCACUGUACAUUUUUAUACAGUAAUAGACAGCCCCCCCAAAAUCUGAAAACUAAGGGUAGCGUUGGCUGUGUAUGAAGGUCGAUGUGAACCCCACUUUUUCCAAUUCGUCAAUCAGAAGUAAAUGUGGAACAUAGAAUACCCUUUUCUGUCAUUUAUAAAAACAACUUGAUGGUUGAGUAGGUACAGAGGCAAGCAUUGAAUGGAGUGAUAACUGAACGUUUUAGAAGGGCCAGCCUUCACACCAAAUAUUAAAAGAAUUGUGAAUCUGUAAGGCUAUUCCAUGUGUAGGAGGCAAACGGGUGGGUGGGGUUUGAGAAUGGGAGUGUGAUAUAAAAAAAACAGCUGCUGUUAUAAAAAGCUUAAUACUUGUGAAUCUGCUGUGUAAUAUCUGUGGUGGAUGGAGUUGAAUGGUAAUAAACCAGGUUCUCUGUUUCGCAAGGUA